AUGCACGCCCCCGGCCGCCAUCCCUGGGGCUCUGCCCGGCGGGCGCCCGCCGCCGACCCCAGCGCGGAGCCCCGAGCGGCGCUGCACAGCAGCCCGGAGCUCAGUCGGGCCACGCGGCUCAGCGUGGGGGAGCUGCGCUCCCUCUUCGAGGCGCGCUGCGCCGCCGUCGCCGCCGCCGCCGCCCGGCAGCUGCCCGACCCGGCCAAGCGGGGCUGCCGGCCCCCCAACGGCGUGCUGCCGCCCGUCAUCCCGCGCCUCACCGUCACCGCCGAGGAGAGCGAAGAGUCGCAGGGCAGCCCCGAGGCGCCGCCGGCGCACGCGGAGGGCGGCUGGCUGAGGACGGGCGGCUCGCUGCACCUGCAGUCCCGCAGGCUGUCCACCUCCUCGCUCUCCUCCACGGGCUCGUCAUCCCUCCUGGAGGACUCGGAGGAUGACGUGCUGAGCGACACGGAGGGCAGGAGCCAGGGCAUCGUGCACCUGGAGCGCGGCGACGACUCCAACCAGAAAAAAGCAUGGCAUACAAUUAAAACCAUGGUUAAUUUACCAGUGAUUAGCCCCUUCAAGAAACGCUACUCGUGGGUGCAGCUGGCUGGGCAUACAGGGAGUUUCAAGGCAGCUGAUAGUGGUAAGAUUCUCAAACGCUUCUCAGAGAAUGAAAAGGAAUGUUUUGAGCGACUGAUGAAAGAUCCACUACGAUCCUGCGUCCCUUGCUUCCAUGGUGUGGUGGAGAGAGAUGGAGAGACCUACAUUCAGCUGGAUGACUUGCUUACAGAUUUUGAAGGGCCAUGUGUGAUGGACUGUAAGAUGGGGAUCAGGACAUACCUGGAAGAAGAGCUGACUAAAGCCCGUGAGAAGCCAAAGCUGCGUAAAGACAUGUACAAGAAAAUGAUUGAAGUGGAUCCUCUUGCUCCCACAGCUGAAGAGAAUGCUCAACAUGCUGUCACCAAGCCCCGAUACAUGCAGUGGAGGGAAACAAUCAGCUCUAGUGCCAACCUGGGCUUUAGGAUUGAAGGGAUUAAGAAAGCAGAUGGAACAUGCAACACAAACUUCAAAACUACGAAGACACAAGAGCAAGUUCUCCAAGUUUUUGUGGAAUUCAUUGAGGGCAACACAACUAUUCUGAAAAAAUACCUCAAGCGUCUGCAGGAAAUUCAUAUCGUUCUUGAAUCCUCAGACUUCUUCAAGCGACAUGAGGUCGUUGGAAGUUCACUACUUUUUGUACAUGAUGGCAGUGGGAAUGCCAAUGUGUGGCUGAUUGAUUUUGGGAAGACCACCCUUCUUCCUGAUGGGCAGACGCUGGAUCAUAGGAUCCCCUGGCAAGAAGGCAACAGGGAGGAUGGGUACUUGUUGGGACUGGACAAUUUGAUUCGCAUCUUGGAAAGCAUCACGGAAAGAUGAGUUGAAAGUGACACAAAACUUACAGGGCUGCUUUGUAACUAACUUUCUUCUCUACUGAGAUCACUCAGAAGGAAACUGCUUUAACUCACUCCCUUCAGACUCCUGAGGUCAUCACAGUGCAGAGGGAACUACAUCCAGAACCCAGCAGCUAGUUAUCAAAAUGACUUUGCAUCAGCCCUCUGUGAACCUAAAUAACUAACUCCAGAUUGGUCUGCAUUGCACCAGCCUAACGCAAGACUGGUCCUCAGAGAAUCAAGAUCUCCAUACUCAGGAACCACACCAGCAUGAGUCAAGAGGUCUGUAUGGUAAACCAGAAUGAUUCUGAUUUCUGGUAAACUGAUGGGACUUCCAGAUUACCUCUCAGUGAUCCAGAGCAAAUGCUUGGGAAUUCAAGGGAGGAGUAACAAUUUUUCAGGGAACUGGAUAGUUUUGAAACCAGCAGGAGUGUUUCUUUUCUUUCACCCUAAUUCCAAGUCUUCUUGCUCCUGUGUAAACUAUAGGUUGGACUAACAACAGCUGCUGCCUUAUGUUAUGGGUGUACUCAAGGUGGAAAUCGAUGAUAAGCAGAAGAAUCCUGGAGCAAAGUGAGACAGCAGUUGUAGUGGCUGUAUGUGGUAACUGUUGUUGAUUAGUCCUCCUCAUCCCCACCUUAGCCUCUUAGCCACUUCUGUCCAAGAGCAGCCUUUGCUUUUUUAUGUAGCCUCUGAGGAGAUUACAGAUAGUCCAGGGAGAGAGUAGCAGCCUGUUGUCUCCAGAAGCAUUUGACUUUUCAAGCUGGGUGGGCUGUUGGGAAAGUGCCUAGCUUGGCAGGUUUGGCCUCUUGCAGCUGAACUACAGCUGUGAAAAUCAGUUAUUGCACUCUAGCACUCAGACUGGGGAACUAAGGGGGUUUUUCAAGGCUUGCUCAUUUUUAACAUAAAACUACUGUACACAUGCACAUACAUGCACACACUAGUAGCCAGUAAGCAAUGUGAUCUUUUAAGAUUAUAGUUUGACUGUCUUCUGAUGCACAUGAAAGAGGUGAUUUCUUGACCGUGCUCCUAUUCCCAAGUACAAUGCUGCCACUGAAGUGUGUAGACUUAUGUAAGUACUUUUAUAUAAAAGUGUAUAGUGCAGCAAUCAGGAAAGUAAAGUUCCUGCAUUCACAGCAUUACACUAAAGAUAAUUCCUACGCAUUCCUCCUCCAAUAUAUCAGCUGUUAACUCAGGGCAGUUUGGGGGAAGGAAUGUCAGUAUAUCACAUCCUUUAAUCCCUGUCUGGAAUCACAGGACCACUUUUGGUUUACUCUGUUCUGCUGUGGCCCAGGCACAGCCACAGAAAAUUCACAGUGAUUCAGUGUUUAGAUUAAAAUCAAGAAAGACUGAAGUGAUACUUCUUACAGUGGCUUCACAUACCAUUUCUGUUGGUUGCCUCUUGUCACUUUAACAGUUCUAUAAAUAUAACAGGAUAUAAAGACCAUCAGUAUUCGCCUGUUCACUUACAUUCCAGGCUUUAAUAUAAAUACAUGUUGAUGCAGUUGCCAAAAUGAGGACAUGACUGAAGAUUAGUGUUUGAUUAAUUCACUUUUAACAUCUUGAGCUGGUAACGCACAUCGAUCAGAAAUUGCUUCUCUUGCGAGUGUCCUGUGCUCAGAAGAGAUUCCAAGAACUGCAUCUAUCCAAGGAUAGAGGAAGGUAACUUGAUGCUUUGGGGAGCAGCUUUUUCAAGAAUUACUAACUGUGACCAUGAGCAAAAAUCCUGUAGAGCUUAGCUCUGCAAUGAAAUGCAUCUGUAACGUUUGUAAUUUGAAUCAAAGGGAAAUCAAAGAGUUACUUUUGAUAACAGACUCUUGUACUAUGAGAUCAGAUUUGAGAACUUAUUCAUCACCUCUCAACAAAACAGCAGUAUUAAAAAUGCAAUUGUGCCCUGAAGGUUAGAGGACAUAGAAUGGAUAUCCUGUGGGAAACAGUGAGGUGUGGAGACAUUUCCUUGUCAAAGAGGUUGUUUGAAACUGAUAAUUAUUUUUGCAGUUCACUGCAAAUUCAGACUUCUUCUGUGGCCUUCUAGAGUCCUUCUCAAUUUAUUUUCGUGAUAGUAUGCUAAUGAAUUUUCCACUGUUUUUUUUUUUUUCAGAGGGUUUUUUAGCUAUUUCAAAGAGUUUACACUUCUUUUUUUUUUUUUUUAAAUUGUGGUGAGCUUCCAGUAUUGAGCACGCAUGUUAUAAUUUCUGAUGCCUCCUAACUUUGGAAUUCCUAUGAGAUGACAAAUUAAUCUGUGGUGGUUUUCAUACUAUUAAUUAAGAAAAAGUCCUCCUCCUUUUCUGCAGCCAACAGGUAAACUGUCAGCUAGCACUGCUUAAGGAGGAAAAAAGGAGUAAAUAAAUCUCACAGGAUUACCUUUAAUAACAAGGCCUUUUCUCUAAGACUGCAGUUUCAGGGAUUUAGGAAAAAAAAAACAAC